GGGGUGGGGGGGUGGAGGGGACUUCCAUUAAUACGGAAAAAAAAGAAAGGAGGUGAAGGAAGAACAAGAGAGCAUGCAGAGAGGUGGAAAGGGGAGGAGAGAAAGUGACAAGACAUCAGCUGGAGGAGACCACCCUUCCUGCAGAACAGCAGAGACGCUCAUGUGAGCAGCCUCAGUGGCGGCAGCAGUGACUGGUGAGAGAGAGGAGAGGAGAGGAGAGGAGAGGAAGAGAGCAGGGAUAACACAGCCACCACCAUCAUUCUGAUCGGAUUCACACCAGACAUGUGAGAAGAUGUCCGUGGGCGGCUGCGCGUGUCCCGGCUGUUCCUCCAAGUCAUUCAAGCUGUACUCCCCCAAGGAGCCCCCCAACGGUAGCACUUUCCCCCCUUUCCACCCCGGCACCAUGCUGGACAGAGACGUUGGUCCCACCCCAAUGUAUCCUCCCACAUACCUGGAGCCAGGAAUAGGGAGGCACACACCAUAUGGCAACCAGACAGACUACAGAAUAUUUGAACUUAACAAACGGCUACAGAACUGGACAGAGGAGUGCGAUAACCUGUGGUGGGAUGCAUUUACUACAGAGUUCUUUGAAGAUGAUGCCAUGUUGACCAUUACUUUCUGUCUGGAAGAUGGACCCAAACGUUACACAAUUGGCCGGACGUUGAUUCCACGGUACUUCCGGAGUAUAUUUGAGGGCGGUGCCACUGAACUCUACUAUGUGCUGAAACAUCCCAAGGAGUCCUUCCACAAUAACUUUGUCUCUCUCGACUGUGAUCAGUGCACCAUGGUCACCCAGAAUGGAAAGCCCAUGUUCACACAGGUGUGUGUAGAGGGGCGCUUGUACUUGGAGUUCAUGUUUGAUGACAUGAUGAGGAUAAAGACGUGGCACUUCAGCAUCAGGCAACACCGUGAACUCAUCCCCCGCAGUAUACUGGCCAUGCAUGUGAGUGAAUCCACCACACAUGAUGUAUGGUAUAUGUGUGAGUGUGUCAGGUGGGGAUUUUUUUUUUUUUUUUUUUUUAACUGUCCUCUAUUGAUCUUCAAGGCCCAGGACCCACAGAUGCUGGACCAGUUGUCCAAAAACAUAACAAGAUGUGGCCUGUCGAACUCCACCCUCAACUACCUCCGGCUGUGUGUGAUUCUUGAGCCCAUGCAGGAGCUGAUGUCCAGACACAAGACAUACAGCCUCAGCCCCAGAGACUGCCUCAAGACCUGCCUCUUCCAGAAAUGGCAGAGGAUGGUGGCACCACCAGCCGAGCCAUCAAGACAGGCCCCUAACAAACGGCGGAAGCGCAAGAUGUCAGGUGGCAGCACCAUCAGCGGAGGAGGAGGAACUAAUAACAACAAUAACAACAAAAAGAAGAGCCCUGGCAGCGGCUUCCCUCUGUCCAGCCAAGUUCCAGAUGUGAUGGUGGUGGGAGAGCCCACUCUGAUGGGAGGGGAGUUUGGCGACGAGGACGAGCGUCUGAUCACACGGCUGGAAAACACACAGUUUGAUGCGGCCAAUGGCAUCGACGACGAGGACAGCUUCAACAACUCUCCGGCGCUGGGCUCCAACUCGCCCUGGAACAACAAGGCCCCCUCCAGCCAGGAGAGCAAGAGUGACAACCCCACCUCACAGGCAUCGCAGUAGAGCCCAGAGCCCCGCAACCUCAACACAAACCCCUGUCUGUCACUCCUCAGCCCCCACCCCAUCCCAACAGCCACGAGUGCAACGGCAACAGUCCAUCAUCUGCUCAUCAACCGAGACAUCACUGUAGAGCCCAGAUUCAUCAUGCGCAGGUAGCCCGAGGGAGCUCAGUCUGUCCACAGACAGUUUCACUGUGCCAGAGGAAGUUUUACAAGUUGUCAAUAUUUAGGCACUGUGUCCCACCUCUGUUUCCCUUUCCCUCAUGUCAUACACAAAACGUCCCAUCUGCUCUCGCUAAUUUUCAGUUUUGGACAGUGGCUGGGUAGAUGUGAGCAAGCAGGAGCAGCAAUUUAAUCUAGGGGAGAACUGUGCACACUGAACUAUCCACACUGAAGUUUACAUGUAGAAAGGGGCAGGGUGGAGGGGGGUAAUGGCAGCGGGGCUUUGAAAUGGUGGCGAGUUGCUUAGGGACGACUUGUCCACCUGUCCUCUAAACAUGGUUCUCAAUUCUGGUCUGAUCUGUUGAUGCACAAUGUCACACGUAAAUGUCAAACGUUUGUUAAUAGAGUAUAUGUGUGUGCACGAGUGUCUGUGCGUGCGUCCGUGUGAGUGAGUGAGUGAAAUGCGUGUGAGGAGAGAAAAGAGGCAGUGUGAGCUUAUUUGUGGCUUUGCUGAAGCAGACAGACCAGAAUUUAGAAUCAGUCUAUAAAACCAUUGAAAUUCACACACUAGUAGGAGAGCUGAAAUGUGGCACUAGGGAAACAUCACACACACGCACAGAUACACACCCAAAUGAACAUAAUGAUUGAAGGAUUUUGAGUCCCGCAGUGCCCGAGCCAUCUCUGAUUAGACUACAGUGAAUGCAGUCUUUCAAACAGAGAGCAUUUACAACACACACAUGCACAUACACACAGUUACACAUUUUAAGAGUUUUUAUACAGUAUAUAUUUCCCUAGAAUGUUUUUUAAUUUGUAUUAAACGCCUUCAUUUCAAUUGUUACUUUUUUAUUUUCUACCAAUACUGAAAAGCUACAGACCAAGGAGCAACACAGGACUUUUAUCCCUCCCCCCUCUAAAAUAUAUUGUUUUUAUCUUUUAUGUUUAUAAAAGAGAAAUAAUUUAGUGUGGAUGUUUUUAUUUUGUCUUUUUGUUCCUUUUUUGGAGAUUUGAAUUUUUGUGUAUUUGUGCUUGUAUAUUUAAGGUAGUAGCAAAGUUCUGUCUGACUGUAAUAAAAUGUAUUCUUACUUAGAUUUACCUAAAGCCAUCCUGAUCUAAUGUAAAGAAACAAAAAUAGGAAAAAGGAGAAAAAACACUCAUGAACCCGUCCCCUCUAUCUUCCCACCUGCUCUCUUUCCUCCUCCCUCUUUUUUAAAACUUGUGUAAAUUAAAUUACAAAAUACCUGGGGGUACAUUGGCACCAUGGAGAGAUGAUUUUACUGUUUCAGUUGAUUUUUUUCUAAUUUAUUUUGGCAGAAAUUCACUCAUGUUUUUUCAUCUAUACAGGAACUGAUUUUUCACUUACCAUUCAUCCCAAUUUUGUGUACUACGACUUUCAGCUUGAUGUCAAGUGAAUGUGCUCACUGAAUUUAGUCAACCAGUGAAUUUCAUGUUCUGUCACUGGCUGAAACAGAUUUUUUAAAAUUAUUUUUUUGUCUAAAUUGGUCUUCAUUUGUGUGAUCUCUUUCAUAACCAACAGACUGACACCAUCAGUCGUACGCACAUCUUCUGAAACCAGCUUAACAUUAAGUUCAGUCGGCAUAUUUGGUAGCAAUUUUGAGUCUGUAAAGUCUGUCUAAAACAGCCGGAGCUCCGUUAUUGUUUUGUACAUUUCCAUUUUGUUACAGUUGAUUCCAGCAACAGUUAUAAUUGAGUUUGAAUGGUGACUUGUACCUUCUCCAAACCCUGUAGAAAAAUCAUUGUUUGAUAUAUAUUUUUUGAUUUGGUUAGUUUCUGCCCUUGAUAAUUAAUGUAUGGUACCAAUAAAAAGAUACAUUUUCACUUUAAAA